AUGGGAGAAGAUAAAGUAGAUCGUCGACGUAGAUCGCGCUCAAGAGAAAGACGGCGUUCACGCUCUCGAUCAAGGGAGCGUCGUGAAAAAAGAAGAAGUAAAUCCAGAUCUCCAUCGAAAAGAUCACGUCGUCGUAAGCCUUCAUUAUAUUGGGAUGUCCCACCACCAGGGUUUGAACAUAUUACGCCGUUACAAUAUAAAGCCAUGCAAGCGGCCGGACAAAUUCCGGCUAACAUUGUGGCUGACACACCACAAGCCGCCGUACCUGUAGUCGGGUCAACGAUAACACGACAGGCACGCAGAUUAUAUGUGGGAAAUAUACCAUUUGGAGUCACCGAAGAGGAGACUAUGGAAUUCUUUAACCAACAAAUGCAUCUAUCUGGAUUAGCGCAAGCGGCCGGUAAUCCAGUUCUUGCAUGCCAGAUUAAUUUAGACAAAAAUUUUGCAUUCCUUGAGUUUAGGUCCAUUGAUGAAACAACACAAGCCAUGGCGUUUGACGGCAUAAACUUCAAAGGUCAAAGCUUAAAAAUACGACGACCGCAUGAUUAUCAACCAAUGCCAGGGACUGAAAAUCCAGCCAUUAAUGUACCAGCUGGUGUUAUCAGUACUGUAGUUCCAGAUUCACCUCAUAAAAUCUUUAUUGGAGGACUGCCUAACUAUUUAAAUGAGGACCAAGUUAAAGAACUGCUGAUGUCAUUCGGUCAGCUGCGAGCCUUCAACUUGGUGAAAGAUUCCUCCACAGGACUCAGCAAGGGCUAUGCCUUUGCUGAAUAUGUGGAUAUAUCGAUGACUGAUCAGGCGAUUGCCGGUCUAAAUGGUAUGCAGCUGGGCGACAAGAAGCUCAUUGUCCAGCGAGCCAGUAUUGGAGCCAAGAACUCUACUUUAGCGAUGACGGGUGCAGCGCCAGUGACGCUGCAGGUGGCGGGGCUGACUCUGGCGGGCGCGGGCCCCGCCACCGAGGUGCUGUGCCUGCUCAACAUGGUCACCCCCGACGAGCUACGCGACGAAGAGGAGUAUGAAGACAUACUCGAAGAUAUCAAAGAGGAAUGUAACAAAUAUGGUUGUGUACGCAGUAUAGAAAUUCCCAGACCUAUUGAAGGUGUCGAAGUGCCAGGAUGUGGAAAGGUAUUUGUGGAAUUCAAUAGCAUCGCCGAUUGCCAAAAGGCGCAACAGACAUUGACGGGACGCAAAUUCAGCAACCGCGUCGUCGUUACUUCAUACUUUGACCCCGACAAAUAUCAUCGCAGAGAAUUC